GGUUAUAACAACACAAAGAAAAAACAAGCCAUUACUUCUAUUCCAUCAAUAUUUCAGAGAUGGAAAGCUUGGAAAUUCCUAAGCAAGAAGUUCAUAUCAAAAUUGAUGAUUCAAUAUCCAGCAGUAAGGAGAGAAGCACUGACCUUCCUCAUACCAAACCCAUUGUUCUGAUGUCUGUUUUGAGUAGUAUCCAUGCAGGAUAUUUUAGAAUAAGCCUCUCCCUCUGCAGCCAAGCUCUGCUUUGGAAGAUGAUGAUCGCACCUGAUUCACCAAGCAUGUCCCGUUUGCAAAGCAAUCUCCCGUCUUUGGCGUUCCAUCUCCUUUGGUGCCUAGCACUUGCAACACAAGUGUCACUCUGUCUUUUGUACGCGUUGAAGUGUUUCUUCUUCUUUGAAAUAGUGAAGGAAGAGUUCUCACAUUAUAUUGGAGUGAACUAUCUUUACGCUCCAUCAAUCUCGUGGCUUAUCUUGCUUCAGUCAUCUCCAAUGAUGGAACCACAGUGCGUUUUGUAUCAGACAUUAUUCUCGGUGUUUACUCUCCCAGUAUUGGCCCUCGACACAAAGCUUUAUGGACAGUGGUUCACAACAGAGAAAAGAUUCCUGUCGAUGAUGGCAAACCCGGCAAGCCAAGUAUCAGUAAUCGCAAACCUGGUGGCUGCACGGGGAGCUGCAGAGAUGGGCUGGAAAGAGUGUGCUCUAUUUUUGUUCUCGCUGGGGAUGAUUCACUAUUUGGUUAUCUUUGUUACACUUUACCAACGCCUACCGGGCGGUAAGAACUUCCCAACAAAGCUGAGGCCAGUUUUCUUCUUGUUCUUUGCUGCACCAGCCAUGGGAAGUCUAGCUUGGAACUCCAUUUGUGGAACAUUUGAUCCUCUAACGAAGAUGUUGUUCUUUCUUUCGCUCUUCAUUUUCAUGUCCUUGGUCUGUAGGCCAAACCUUUUCAAGAAGGCAAUGAAAAGAUUCAAUGUCGCAUGGUGGGCUUACUCGUUCCCCAUCACCUUUCUUGCUUUAGACUCAGUUCAGUAUGCGCAAAAUGUGAAAGAUCAGGUCGCUUCUGGAAUGAUGCUUAUCUUCUCAUCAAUCUCCGUUUUGAUCUUCCUUGGUGUGAUGGUACUGACAGCAGCAAAUAGCAAUAGACUAUUCAGACGUGAUCAUGUCCUCAGUUCUAAAACUAGUCCAAAAGACAAGGAAAAGUCAUCUCGGCUCAGCGUGGCUACGUUAACAAAGGCAAAGCUAGUCUGCUCCAGCUUUUCCACUUAGAAAACCAAGUGCUCUUCAUAGUUUCUAUGCCCUUCCUUCUUAUGCAUAACUCUCUCAAUGUAAUAAUGAAACCACUAUGGUUUUAACACAGCAGAUCAGACGACUAAGUUACAUAUUUGAAACCCAAACCGCAAUUAUCA